GAUUCAGCAAAAACAUAUGAAAAGUAUAAUAUACGUGAAUCAUAUAGAAAUAAAUUCGAAUUAGCCUGUUUGACAAGUAAUUUUAAAAGAAGCCGCAAAGAACCCAUCUCAAGAUCUAUACAAAAAAAAUGCAAAAACCAAGUAUCAAAUGAAAAAAAUGAGGAUUCUAUAUCAACUUUAACCAUGGUUCCUAUGUCACAAGAACAAGACAAUUAUAUUGAAUGA